GGCCGCGGCGCUCACUCGGCGUGUGGCUGCAUUCGCGAGACGUCGCUCUUGCGCUCGGUCGCGCGCAAAUAGAGAGCGGGAAGUUGGGAAGGCCAUUUGCUCUGCGGCAGGGACUUUCCCGCACGGAAACAAGCUUGGCUCCACGCGCUUCGUUUCAUUCAUCUUGGAUUCGCCUUGCUUCGUCGGCACGCGAUAUUUGCAGUAACCCGAGAGACGGUAUUACGUUGGCCGUGUGCUACGGCACUGUGAAGAACUCGGGCAAUCAGAGAAAAUAGGAAACUGUCGGCCGUUUGACAUCUUUGCGGCAGUGGUGACGUGUUGUGACAGCGGCCAGUGGUGCCCUUUGGUGAAGGAACAUUGCCAAGGAACUGUGAUGCAAGUGAUUGGAUCAAUUCCGGCGAGUGUCCUAAUGAACUGUGUUGCGCGUGAUGGUAAGCGACAGUGACGUAGAAUUUCGCAGGCGGUGGAUUUCUUCUGCAUCCGGUGUUCACUAAUAUCCAGAGACUGAGUGGGAUCUUGCAUGCGUUACCGAAUGGCUCCGUGACAUCGUGAAUAACAUAGCCCCUGAAACGCUAGCUCCCUUUAGGGUGACCGCAGACAAUGAUGCGUCAAGCUGACGGACAAAAAUAAUAAGGCAUCCUAAAAACUCCCAUACGACUUCAUGUUUUCGUAAUAAACAUGUAUUGCUAGUAUAGCUUUGGUAGCUAUACUUUCGAUAUCUUUACAGCAAGAGGAAGCUUCGCAAGGAGGCAUCGCAUUCUGCUCUUUCAUUAGAUCAUUGAAGCUGCGUGUAUUUUAUUCUGAUGUUUUCUUUACAAUUUUAUGUAAAGGCGUCGCGGAGCCAAAAGAAAACUAUGAAAGACAGCGUAAAUCUCCCCGGAAAAUGAGAUUUGCCGCUGCUUUUUAGAAUAGGCUAAUAUUUCUACAAUAUUCUCAAGUUUCAGUGCUGCCUUUAAAAAAUGACAACACAGCAAAUACUGUUUUAGCAAUAAACUGUAUAUAUCAUCGGAAACUUCCGGUUCUUGAAGUACUGCGCACCGCUAGAACACGCUUAGAUUGAGAGCGUCGAGAAGGAAAAAAUAUACAGCGAUUAAAGAUUGAAGCACUUCUGAUCGUCAGAUUUCAAACGCAGCAGCAGGCCGUAUCGCAAGACGUGAACUUGUACCAGCGAGCGGGAUUUCAAGGAAAGAAGUUCCCGUUGGGAAAGUGUAGUUCGAAUAUUUCCUCUCGUUUAUGCUUUUGCACACGCCUCGAAGACCGAGUUGGGACCUCGUCUAUAGAAGAGCCAUUGAAAGAGGCUUUCGUCCAUUUUUUGUCGCAAAUCCUAAGCUUGAACAUGACGUCCUAGUCACGUAUUUCAACGCAUUACAUCUAGGGAUAUUGCCCGAGGCGGCGAUAAAAGGCGGUGUGCGACGUUCGAGAAGGAGUUCUUUACACUGACAGCGGGGCGAGGCGUAUACGCACAGCGUGGGCUCUGCUUCAACGACGCGACAUGGACUCGGGUCAACUGUCUAAAUCAGCCGUCACCUGGGGUGAGGGACGGCACCGACUGGCGGUUUUCGUCAUAGCCAUCGCAACAAUCGUCGCCAAAGGACGCGGAGCAGGAGGCGCGCUACCCGCCGUCAUUCGAAUUGGUGUCGUGUACGACCACGCCGGCUCAUCCGAGGAAGAGAAGCUCCUGUGGCAAGCGCUCGACCGAGCCAACCUAAAUGCCAGCGACGACGGCGAGGCGCCGACGGCAACGGCUGGCGGCACGGGGACCCCGGCUCCGGCUUCAAGCAGGGCACCGCAUGUCAGUCUUGCCGUCGAAAGGCUGGACCCGGAAGACACCUUCCGAUCGGCCAAGAAAGUGUGCAGACUCCUUGAGCAGAGUGUUCUAGCAGUGCUGGGACCUCGGCAGCCAGACGCGGCAUCGCUGGUCGGCAGCGCUUGCAGGGGACACCGAGUCCCGCACGUCUACUUGUCCCAAGAAGGUGCGGCUCACGCAGGCGUCUAUGCGGGUUCGGCGUCCCUUAACCUUGCACCUUCUCCCCACGAACUGGACCAAGCUCUCAGGGAUUUGGUGGAAGCACAGCGAUGGAAGGGCUUCACAAUUGUGUACGAAAAACCCGAAGCGCUGGUCCGGCUGCGCGGUCUCCUACACAUGCCGCAGCCUGGCGGUCUUCCACUUCCAGUGUCGCUGCGGCUACUUCCGGAGAAAACGGAUCCCCGGAUUGUCCUGCGGGAGAUAGCUAAGGCCGGGGAGAGCAACAUCCUUCUCGACGUGGCUACGCACAGGCUUGGUGAUCUGUUAAGACAUGCCCAAAGAAUUGGAAUCGUCAACGAGUAUCACAACUUCAUUGUCACCACACUGGACUUGCACACGGUGGACCUUUCGGAUCUGCAGAACUCGGGAACCAACUUGACCGGUUUCCUGCUUCUGAAGAGAGAGCUGUGGGAGCAGGACAUCGGUGCUGUACGCGAGAAGUACACUCAAACUGGCGUGUACCCAUUGUUUCUCGCUCAUCGAGCCUCCUGGAAGCAAUUAAGGACAGACGCGGCUCUCACUCAAGACGCGCUGAACAUACUCGUGCGAGCCAUCCAGAGCCUAGCCAAGGCCGGUACGCUAGACACGCCACCCAGAGUGAGCUGCCGUGCCAACUCCGCGCCGGGCAACUGGCCGCCGUCCGACGUGCUCGUCGAUGCUGUUAAGAAGGCACGCUUUUCGGGCCUGACUGGACCCGUUUGGCUCGAUGGUACGGGCCACCGAAGAAACUUGUCCCUUCACGUGGUGCAACUGAAGCGUGUGGGGCUGACGUCGGUCGGAACCUGGAGUGCAUCGUCUGGGCUCAACAUCACUCACGCAGAAAAGAUGUUCCAAGAAGAAAUACUCAAUGUAUUGAAGAAAAAGACCUUGAGAAUUACGACAAUAUUGAAUGCACCUUACGUCAUGCUCAAGAAAUCUGCGCACAAGCUUGAAGGAAACGACCGCUUCGAAGGAUUCUGCGUGGACUUGCUCCGAGAAAUAUCCGUCCUUCUCGGCUUCCGCUACCAGCUCAGGCUUGUCAGGGAUGCUGCUUACGGAGCCCUAGACUCCGAAGGCCAGUGGAACGGCAUGAUGCGCGAACUUGUCGACAAGGAGGCUGACCUGGCGGUCGGAGAUCUGACCAUCACAUCAGAGCGCGAGCAGGCCGUUGACUUUACUAUGCCAUUCAUGACCUUGGGCGUCAGCAUACUCUAUAAGAAGGCCGAACAGAAACGUUCGCUUCUGUUCUUCCUGUCUCCGCUCUCACCGGAUGUGUGGCUGUGUGUGGCAGCGGCGUGCAUAGCUGUCAGUGUCGUGCUGUGCUGCGUUGCGCGUGCUCAGAGUGCAGAGCGGACCGCAAGUCGCGCGGUAUCGCGGUGUUCUAGCUGCUGCUGCCGGAACAGCGUAGAGCGUAGUGGCGGCAACUGGUACAGUAGAACGGACAGUGGCCACGCUGGGCUAGACAUCAUCAAGGGACAGGACGUAACGGAUUCUCCAGAACACCAGGAAGAGAGGAUAUUCCGUGACGGCAAGGGAGGCAGCUCUCUACAAACGAUGAAAAGUGACUUUACCCUGCUAAACAGCUUGUGGUUCACAAUAAGCGCCAUCAUGCGACAGGGUUGCAAUAAGUCGCCAAGGUCACCUUCGACACGAAUCAUCACAGCGACUUGGUGGAUGUUCUCGUUCGUGCUGGUAUCGUCGUACACGGCGAACCUGGCAUCUUUCCUAACCAGAGAGAGGCUCCAGUCGCCCAUCGAGAGCGCCGAAGACUUGGCCAAGCAGUCUGCCGUGCGCUACGGGUGCGUGCGAUCUGGGUCGACGCACACUUUGUUCAAGGAGUCUAGACACGAGACGUACGAGAUGAUGUGGCACGCCAUGAAGGAUGACUUGGUGUCUUCCAACGCCGAAGGCAUUGAUCGCGUGGAAAGCGGCGGCUACGCCUUCCUCAUGGAGUCUACCAGCGUCGAGUACGUGGUACGGAGACGUUGCCAACUCAAGCAGAUCGGAGGUCUGUUGGAGUCUAAAGGCUACGGCAUCGCCAUGCCGACCGGAUCUCCGUACCGCAACCUUCUUUCGUCGACCAUACUGCGGCUGCAAGAGCGUGGUACCCUUCAAACACUCAAGGACCGUUGGUGGAAAGUACGGGAUCCGACGAAGCGCUGUGCCGAGGAGACGAGCCAAUCUAGGACAGGUGCAGCUAGCGAGCUGGGUUUGCCAAAAGUGGGUGGCGUGUUCGUCGUCCUUCUAGCAGGUCUCGGUCUGGCCUGCCUCAUCGCUUUCGCUGAGCUCUUCUGCAAAGCACGAAUGGGACGAAGUUCCAGGAGUGUAUGAGGCUUAUAGGCUGCCACCAGUGACUAUAGACAAACAAGACAUGUUAAUCGUCAGCGCUUCGAUUAGCUCGUAUACCGGUUUCUCGGAAUGCGCAGGUUGUAUAACCAAUAAAGUGUGUUCUUUACUAAGAUAAUAUACAAUUAUGUUUUCA